AUGUAUAAUCUGUUUAGGGCUUCCCAGUUGAUGUUUCCUGGAGAGAAGAUACUUGCUGAUGCCAACAAGUUUUCCUCCUAUUUUUUGCAAGAAAAACGAGCUCAAAAUCAACUUCUAGACAAGUGGAUCAUCACCAAAGAUCUUCCCGGAGAGGUAGGCUAUGCAUUAGACAUACCGUGGUAUGCCAAUUUGCCUCGGAUAGAAACAAGGUUCUUUCUGGAACAAUAUGGUGGUGAAGACGAUGUGUGGAUUGGCAAAACCUUGUACAGGAUGCCAUUUGUCAAUAAUAAUACCUAUCUGGAGCUGGCAAAAUUGGAUUACAACAAUUGCCAAGCAGUGCAUCAGCUUGAGUGGAGAAACAUUCUCCAGUGGUACAGAGAGUGUGGAUUAGGAAAGUUUGGAUUGAGCGAAAGAAACCUAUUGGUGACGUACUAUUUGGCGGUGGGGUGUGUAUUUGAACCAGAAAGGUACAGAGAGCGGCUGGUUUGGGCCAAAACCGCUGCUAUUAUGGAGACUAUUAAACGCCACUUUGGCAGUUCCCAAAUCUCUGGGGAACACAAAACGGCUUUUCGUCACGAAUUCGCACAUUGCAGCAGCAGCAACCUACACUGCCGGAACUCUAAUACUAGGUGA